UGUUUAUUAUGAAAACAAAACUGUGAAACACACAACUGAGGAGUUAUAGCGGGUUUUUAAAAUUUGAAAAGAGAAAUUCGAAUUUUUAACUACAGUUAUUGCACUGGGUAUACCAUGUUAUGACAUUUCUCCGCCGUCCCAUUUAUUACCUUAACCAACUAAUAGUAUUUUUGUGUUUUUCGGUUCUGAUUUUUGGAAAACUUAAAUUAAAAUUCGGCACCCAAGAAGUGGACGGUUCUAAUGGACGAUCGCAUUGACGUUACCAAAAGAAAACCACGUCGACUACGCGGCACGCCUGCUCUUUCAUUCAUUAAUCGUGCAUCACUGAUUGUUCUUGGUGCAGGAGCACUCAUCGGAUUAGCAUUAACGUUUCCACUUAACCUCGUUGAUCGCGUGAAAGAGAAAUACGAUUUUGACGUAAUAAAUGUGUCACAAAAAGAAAACCAGAGACGACGUAUAAUUGCCAAAGACUAUGGAGAGCAAAAAUCCGGGGAAGAAAUAUUAGCACUUUUAAAGGAACAGGAGAAUUUACAAGAGAAAUAAUCAAACGAACGUUACAUUGAUCAUGGACAAUAACAAAAAGAAGUCGUCAAAGUCUCGACAAAAACCUUCAAAGGCACCACCGCAAAUUUCCAACUUCUUCUCAAAACCUUUAAGUCCAAAAAAUCAACGGUUACCAUCGUCGCCACCAUCAUCUCCAAAUGAACGAAAGAGAAAAUUAUCAGAACAAGAAGUAGCAUCUCAAAAUGAAAGUCCAACAUCGUAUGCAAAGUCUUUGGAAAGAGAUGCUGCAAAAAUGUCAAAAAUUCCGAAAGCAAAAAAAGCCAGCACCGUGGUCUCCACAUUUUUCCAACAAGCAAACUCUGACGACCUUAGUGAUUUUGAGUCCCCGAGCAAAAAAAUCCAGUUCAAAACACCUCCAGUUAUACCGAAAAAGAAAGUAACCAGAAAGCGGAAAGCCGUUACCCAGAAAAAUAAAUUGAAAGAUGCCCUAGAAACGGAAAUAUUUGAGAAUGCUUUACGUCAUUAUAGCAGUGAAAACGGUAUGAAUUCGGAUGAUCUUCAAAUGGCUCUUGCUUUAUCACGUUCGUUAUCGGAAACUCAUAGCACCAACGAAAGUGAGUCAUCCAACAUAUCCAGCGUCAUUCGCAAUGCUGAACCAUUUCAGAAAGAGGAUAUCGUCAGGCAAACAUUUCAGAAGUUUGGAUUUAAGAAGAAAGACAAUAGCGAUUACAAUUUCAGAGAUUUUUUCGGAAAUUUGGGAUCCAAAAGAAAGUGGUCGUCGAAGUUCACACCAUUGACACGACGUAGCGAGCACAUUCAGAAGGAGAAAUUCAAGAAUAAAGUGAAAAACAUUUUGCAAGUGUCUGCAGCCUUUGAAACUGUGGACAGUCAAGCGAUACGCGAGUACAGCAUAACCAGUUCCUACUUGCAACAGUUCUUCACGCCAAACAGUCCAUCAUACAACAGGAGUAUAGCAGUUACGGAAACAAAUGUCGAAGAAUUUUACGUUAAUAAUUUGGUUCCUACUUCCACACUUCGAUGUGGUUGUCUGCUAAAGAAUUGGGCAGACAUUCCUGGCAGAGAUGUUUCUCCACAACGAGCGCUAACCGAAUCAAGUAAUCUCAACGAAGGUGGAAUAGCUCCAGAAACUACAGUAGAAGAAAGACGGGAUGAAGAAGUCAAUUUGCCGAAUUGUAAUGUCGAUAAUAUUGUGGGCCCGAGUGUUUAUAAGGAAGGUAAUGAUUUGUGUGAUGUGUUUGAAUAUGCAAUGGAUGUUGACCACCACCAAGAAGACAGUAACUCUCACAGUUCGCAUUUGCACACAAAUCAAGGGUCUCAUGAAGAUAUCGUAACUAAAAUCGAUUUACCGGAUGACCGAGUACCUUCACCGGAUAUGUUUGCUGAUUACGAAUCAUCUGCUAACAAUAGCCUUGACGAUGACGUUUUAGAAAAUCAAAAUGCAGGCGAUUGUUCCAUCAUAUCGAAAGAUUCGCCUCGUGGCACAAGCGAGAAUAUUUUGGAUAAUGAAUGUCUAAGCAUCACUUUACCAAUAAAUAACAAAAAUAGUGGCAGCCAAGGAGCACCCAGUGUUCUUCUAGUGCAAUAUCAAGAAAAUGAUGGCGUUGUUCUAAGUUCCGAUGAUUCUAAUGAAGCACCUGUAAAGAAUCCUGAAUGCACCAGUACGACUAGUCCGCAGAAAGUGGUUGAUAUUUCGUCAACGAUUCUGAAACAACUUUCAUUCACCGAUCGUCUGAAAAUGUAUAACUCCGAUCCAGCUUUAAUAACUUCGGACGACGAUCACAUAUCUUCCCUCAUCGACCCAUCUUCGCAAGAUUCUAUAGUUAUUUCGGAUGACGAAAUUAACUACUCCAUUAACAAAUGCGGAGAGGGUGAGGAUCACCACACUGUCGGGCACCAUACCAUGCUUUCACAAGAGUCAAUUGUCUUAUCUGAUUCGGAAGAUGAAGAGAAGGUCAAAGGCUCACAAUCGAUGGACUACGAAGCAGAAGAACGUCAAAGUUUUGCUUCGAUAGAACUGGACAAUGAAAAUGAUUUUGGAAACGAAAGUGGCCUUGACAUUAAUAUCGUGGAUGAAGUAUUUAAUUCAAGCCAGCAGUUAAAGAAUGAUACUGGCAGCGUUCGACAAUUAUGUCUGACGGAAAGUGCUUUUGAGUCGGAAAAAACCAAUAUCUCUUCUGUCGAGUUCCCGUCAGUAGACAUGGUGUCGCAGGAGUCAAUUGUAUUAUCUGAUUCUGACGAUGACAAUAAAAUGUCUUCGCAAUUAACUCAAAACGAAGCUGUUGAACGGCAGAGUUUUGCUUCAAUAGACCUGGGCAAUGAAUACGAUUCGGAAGACGAACAAGGUCGAGAUAUAAAUAUCGAUGAUGAAAUUUACAAUUCAAAUCAGUCGUUAAACGAUGACGAUCUCAUCAAUCUUAGUGUUCGGGAAAUGUACCGGAAGGAGUUUGUAUCCGAAUCAGCGAAAUCUUCCGCAAAAAAGAGCUUUUCACGAACAACUUCUGAUUUGACGUUUGAACGAAAAGUGUGGAAACCCCCGAAAACGCCAGAUAAGUUGCACAAUAUCAGCGAUGAUGACUUCGAUGAAUUUGAUAAAUUGGUCAGAGGUGAUCGGUACCCACAUUCUCCGGUUCCCAAUGUAAAUUCGAUUGAAAUUAGUGACGACGAGUUAGAUAAAUCACUUGAAAUUCGACAAGAUAAUGGUUAUCGUGAUGAUAUAAGUGUCACGGAUUUACCCACGUCACCCCAGGAAUGUGACGAAUUUAUCGUUCAAUCAAUGGAUCAGGUAUAUCAAGUUCGAACUGGAAAGCUGGUAUCACCAAAGCCCAACUAUGAGAAUAUGGAUUCACCGACACGUUUAGAACAUCUGAAAAAGUACGGCCUCAAAACGUUGUCCAAACGAAAAGCUGUAAUUUGUCUGGAACACAUUUACAACCGACUUCAUCCUUACAUUGAAUUAGACGAACAAGACGAUUUAGAUAAGAUUUUGAGUCAGAAAGAAAAGCUUGCGAUUAAUUCCAACAUUAAUAGAAUUGACGUCAUAGCUAUUCCUUCGGAGACGGCUGAGGCACUCACGGAAUCCGAUUUUGAUGUUCUGCAAGGAAAUGAAGAUAUUUUCUAUUUACCAUCUGCUCCUAGAACUAAGAAUCCAUGGUGCCUUGAACCGCUGCACGUUGCAUGGCAUAAUUUAAUUAAUUCCAAUGCAACACUCUAUGAUGCUAUUCUUCAGUACAAACCCGUCGAUUUAAUGGACAUACGUUCACUAUUGAAGAGCAUCGGUUUGCGAUAUGAGACUAAUGAUAUAAUCUCGUUUCUGGACCGGAAAUGCAUUACAUUCAAAACUGAUAAUAAACGGAAUGCCACGGCGAAGAAGAGUUGAGUUGCAGUCAUUUUGUCCUUGUUGACUAUAGUUUUUUUUAGCGUUUUUGUGAUGUAAUAGUUAUUUAGGUUGUUUAGUUUAAUUAAAAAUGUCUUUAACCGAAUACCGGUAGGUGAGUAUUAAAAUACUUUCCAUUAGCCAUCACAACGAGUCAUUGGCAACAAUAAUGUAAAUUUCGUAUUUCUGUAAAGGGUGUGAAAACACUUAUUGCGGCAAUCAGUGAAUCAAUAAAGAACACGA